AUGGCGGCCUCUGCCCAACACCGCUGCGUUUUUGUUGGGAACAUACCCUAUGAUGCAACUGAAGAGCAACUAAUAGAAAUCUGCAGAGAGGUUGGGCCGGUUGUGUCUUUCAGAUUAGUUGUUGACAGAGAAACUGGAAAACCGAAGGGUUACGGGUUCUGUGAGUAUAAGGAUGAAGAGACAGCUCUCAGUGCUCGCCGUAACCUACAGGGUUAUGAGAUCAAUGGUCGGCAAUUGCGUGUAGAUUUUGCAGAGAACGACAAAAAUACUGAUAGAAACAAGGAACAGGGUCGACAAGCUUCUAAUACUGAUCCUAGGAGACAUGGAGGACCCCCUGCAAACAUUGCAGAUGCUACACAGCAUCAGCCAAUAGGUCUCCACAUAGCCAUGACCGCUGCCACUGUCAUGACUGGAGCUUUAGGUGCUACUCAGACAGCAGUGCAGUCGAAUCAGGCUGCUUUCCAGGGUCAGUCGGCAUUAACAAGUGACCCCUUGACACUUCAUUUGGCAAAAAUGUCUAGGAGUCAAUUGAACGAAGUUAUGACUGAGCUGAAGGUAAUGGCAACACAAAACAGGGAAGCAGCUCGUCAACUGUUGCUUGAGAGGCCUCAAUUGCCAAAAGCACUUUUUCAGGCACAAAUAAUGCUAGGAAUGGUCACCCCAGAAGUGCUGCAAAUGCCAAAUAUAAGAGCACCUUCAAGUCAAUUGGCAUUACCACCAUUGCAAGACACUCAGCAGGGUAAACAUGCCCUUCAGACAUUGGCAGGGUCAGCCCUUCCUUCCCAGGGGACAUACCCUAGUUUGGUGACUCAAGUACCAGGUGGUCGCUCAUCUGUAGUGCCUCUCAAUCCUUCAGUACAAGACCAGGUUUCUACAUCCCCAAUGCAUCCUCCAAACAAGACCCAUGUUCUUCCGCAAGCUCUAUUACCCGGGAAAUCUGUAGUCCCAAUACCUCUUCCUGCGCAACCCAUUACUAGACCACCAAAUCAGGCGACAGUAGAUUCGUCGCUCUUAACCCAACAAAUUCAACAAUCCAUUGUACAGAACCCAGGACAGUCUGGAGGUGGAAAUUACGGCUAUAAAUCCCAAAUCAGUCUUCGUCCAUUUGUGUCAGAAACAUCAACAAAGCCUGAGCCGCUGAUGUCAUCAGGCAUUUCAGAUCCUGGUAGCAUGGAUGCCCGUCCUGCUAUUCAGGUUCCCGAUGAAGCUACAAGGUAUAACCGGAACAUGGCUUACAGGCAAGCAAACACCUUUCAGGAUCCCAGUGAACCAAGUCAUCGCCCUACAAAGCUUCUGAAGUUGGACGAAGGCAGGAACACGUCUUCCUCAAUUGGGGAUCGUAACAUGGCCAACAACACCGGAUUUGGUCCAAGCCAAACGGUCCCAGUUAUUUCAGUGCCUACGAAGCCACUCCCCAAGCCAGAAGAGAAACAAGCACCUCAGCUUGCACCAGAUGUGGAAUCUGCCCUGCUCCAGCAGGUGCUAAGCCUUACGCCGGAGCAGUUGAGUUCAUUGCCACCGGAGCAGCAGCAACAGGUGAUUCAGCUCCAGCAAGCACUUAGACGAGACCAGAUGCAGCCGUCAUAG